AUGAGCAUAAAUAUUCUAAUUUAUCUAGUUGAAUUGCAUCAAGCUAAAGAUAAAAAAAAUCUUAGCUUUGAAAUACAUAUUACAGACUCUGAAAUUAUUGAUGAAGUUGAAAGCUUAGUUGGAAAAGGAGUAAGGUGUUCAAUUAAAAAUAUUUUAGAUUUUAUUAUACUAUCUAUGAUUAAUAAGGAUAUUCUUAAUUAUUCUAAAUCAACAUUACAUAUUUGUAUCUCUGGUAAUAGUCAAAAUAUUGAGCACAAAGUCAAACAUUAUAAAAAGUUAUAUAUAUUACAAGUCACAUUGGCUCCAUUAAUAGCAGAAUUACAUGAGAUCAAAACAGGAUUUAUUGAUCAAAAUGGAUAUAAAUGGAAAAUUGAAUUAUAUAUUUCAGCAGAUUGA